AGUCCAUUUCAAAACUAUGGGUAGCUAAACUCAUUUACAUGUAAACCUUUUGACAACAUUGAUCUAUAAAUACACACAAAUUAAUCAAAGGUUGAAGAGAAAAGUAAUAUCGAUUUUGUGUUGGCCACAACUACAGUAGCUAUGGAUGUUGAAAGUGAACAAAGGCCACUGAAACUUUACUUCAUACCAUACCUUGCAGCCGGGCACAUGAUCCCUCUGUGUGACAUAGCCAUACUCUUUGCCUCCCGCGGCCAACAUGUUACCAUCAUCACCACUCCCUCCAAUACCACCACCAUCGACUCCUCCCUCCCUAACCUCCACCUCCACACCGUUCCUUUCCCCUCCCGCCAAGUUGGCCUCCCGGACGGCAUCGAAAGCUUCUCCUCCUCGGCAGACCUCCAAACCACCUUCAAGGUCCACCAAGGCAUCAAACUACUCCGAGAACCCAUCCAACUCUUCAUGGAGCACCACCCGGCCGAUUGCGUCGUCGCCGACUACUGCUUCCCAUGGAUCGAUGACCUCACAACUGAGCUUCAUAUCCCAAGACUAUCCUUCAACCCCUCCCCUCUCUUUGCUCUAUGCGCCAUGAGAGCAAAGAGAGGAUCCUCCUCUUUCCUCAUUAGCGGCCUGCCUCACGGUGACAUCGCGCUCAACGCCUCCCCGCCAGAGGCGUUGACCGCAUGUGUGGAGCCGCUGCUGAGGAAGGAGCUGAAAAGCCAUGGCGUGUUAAUCAACAGCUUCGUGGAGCUCGACGGACAUGAGUACGUCAAACACUAUGAGAGAACCACCGGCGGCCACAAGGCUUGGCUCCUUGGCCCCGCAUCUCUGGUACGCGGGACCGCUAAGGAAAAAGCAGAGAGAGGUCAUGAAAAGAGUGUGGUGAGCACGGAUGAGUUGUUGAGUUGGCUGAGCACCAAGAAACCCAGCUCGGUCCUCUACGUUUGCUUCGGAAGCAUGUGUAGUUUCUCCAACGAACAGCUUCACGAGAUGGCGUGUGGGAUUGAAGCGUCCAGCGUGGAGUUCGUGUGGGUGGUUCCGGCGGAGAAGAGAGGGAAGGAGGAGGAGGAGGAGGAGGAGAAGGAGAAGUGGUUGCCGGAGGGGUUUGAAGAGAAGGGGAUGAUCUUGAGGGGGUGGGCACCGCAGCUGCUGAUCCUCGGCCACCCUUCUGUGGGCGCGUUCUUGACGCACUGUGGUUCGAACUCGGCGUUGGAGGCGGUUAGCGCGGGGGUUCCGAUCAUCACAUGGCCGGUGCUGGGGGACCAGUUUUACACGGAGAAGCUGAUGACGGAGGUGCGGGGGGUUGGGGUGGAGGUGGGUGCGGAGGAGUGGAGCAUGGGUGGUGGGAGGAGGGAGAGGGAGAGGGUGGUCAUCAGCAGAGAUAAGAUUGAGAAGGCUGUUAGGAGGUUGAUGGGCGGUGGUGAGGAAGCGGAGCAAAUCAGACGCCGUGUUCAUGAGCUGGGGAACUUGGCUAAUGCCGCUGUUCAACCAGGGGGCUCAUCCUACCAGAACUUGACGGCGUUGAUUGCUCAUCUCAAAACAUUGAGAGACUCUAACUCUGUCUCUAGCUCUAUGCCACCACUUCAUUAAUGUGUUGUUUUUGUUGGAAUAAUAAUGGGUUAUUUUACCAAAUGGUGAUUAGUGAAGUACUGCAUACAUGUCUAAUUUAUUUUAAAUAAAUAAUGAUAUAUUCACAUCUCACUUUAUCUUUCA